CAACACGCGGAGGGCAGAGGCAGCAAACAGGUGGAUAUGCAAUGCGCUGCGAACGACGGCAAGUCCAUGCAUGCAGAGUUCUUUUAGUUUCAGCGAAAGCGUGAGCAACGUCGGAAUCGUGGCGAACGUUGCUCACGGCGGAUAAACUCCCGACCCAUGAAUCCUCACUCAAGACAGCUCACAUAUUCAGUCUAUCAAAUUGACGAAGGAUCGUCAAAUUAUUACAAAGGAUCCAAUCUUUGGCCUUCAGAAUAGACACCCACCCGACAACCCAGGAACAGGGCUUCCACAGAGACCCAAAAUUACUCACAACAACACUCUGCCCAACCACACACAUACAACACAUCCUUCUGGACAGAUACACUGCAUAAACGACAGUGCCUUUCGCCGCUAUUUUACACCAUCAACGCGUCCAUCCAUCUAUCUCCCGCUCCGAAAAGGCAGACAGCUCAUGAAGCUCCAGCGCUUCCUCGCGGCCGAUCCCCAAGUCCAGGGUGCGCUGCUGCCGCAUUGGAUCGCCAGCCCGUGCUGCCGGUCUCAACAUGCCACACCUCCAGCUCACCACAGCGAAAGUUCAGAGACUGCGCCAGUGUCCCCUGGUCAUACUUAUUGAUAGCCGCCCCCGUGUAGCCCGCCGGAAGGUGCUCCCGCGGGAUCCACUGUUGGCAGCUGCUGAGGUCGGCCGCAGGACCUGGCUCACCAUAGCCCAGCCAUAGGUGCCCGCGAGCGAUGCCCACGUUGGCAGUCGGCAGGUCCUUGUUGUCCUUGACUACCCCCUGUGUGCCGGCCACGUGCACUCCGUGCCUGUCCUCAGGUAUAUCGAUCUUGGUUGGGGCAUCGCACGCACCCGAGAGCGAAAAGAAGAAGACGGGCACCUUGUAGUUGCGGCUCGUCUUAGUGGGGUCUUGUGGCGGGGUCAGCGGCCCGUCAACGAAGCAGCCAAAUCGGUGGGUGCGAUCCUUGACGGCGAAGAGCAGGCCGCUCUUGCCCGCCACCUUGUCAAGGAACGACGUGUACUCGAAACCGUCGCUGCUGGAUCUGACAUACACAGCACACGGCACAUAGAGAAGGUCAAAUGAGUCAAAGGGAUGGUUGCUCUCACUUCAAGGCCAGCGACGGCUUGCAGAUGGGUUUGUGGAUCAUGUCCAGGACGGCCACCCACUCGUCUGCCGACUUGAUGAUCCACUCAUUGCCCGCCGGCAGAUCAACGGGCGGCGAGUACGAGUAGGAGAGGCCGUACUGACACAGACAAUAUCGACACAGACCAGAUGUCACCGACCGGCAAGCCACAAUAGCAAACCACUCAGACUUACCAUCAUGAG